AUGAAGCACUUUCCCCUACUUUGGCUGAUCCUCGCCGGAACACUUGCCGAGCCCUUUCAAGCCCCUUUCCAAGUCCCUCCAAGCAGCACAGCCCACAGCUCGAUUGCUCCGUCCGCCACAGGUGUCAUCAGCGAUCCUCUGAAACUUCUUGACCACCCGGAUAAGUUCAACGUUCUGGUGAUCGAGAGCGGAUUCUACGGGUCCGAAUAUGGUCCCAUCAUCGACGAUCUGAACACAUACGGCCAGAUCUUUGGCAGCAGCGUUGAUCAUGCCUAUGAGACCAACCCCCAGAUUCACAAGCGGGUUGAGAUCGUCCGGUCGGGCAAUGGCCUCGGAGGUUCGACUCUUAUCAACGGCGGAACUUGGACACGUCCACACACAGACCAGGUCGAUUCCUGGGAACAUGUUUUUGGAAACCAGGGCUGGAACUGGGCGGGUCUGAAAAAAUACAUGGACGAGAUUGAAAAGCCUCGAGAUCCAACAAAGGACUCCUCUCAUGUGACCAAAGGCCAUCUCCACCAUUAUGAACCAAGCUGCCAUAACUCUGAGCCUGACAAGGGUAAGGUCGAGGUUGGAGCGCGAGAUCGAAAGACCAAUUGGUCGCCACUGCUCAAGGCCCUAAUGCGCACAGCCAACGACACGACAGGCGCGCCCUAUCAGUUGGACCUCUGCUGCGGUUAUCCGCACGGAGUGUCCAUGUUCCUCAACACCCUGACCGAGAAGCAAAUCCGCACGGAUGCUGAGCGGUCGUGGCUGGAUCCCGUGCUCAAGAAUGACACGUCGAAAGCCCGCAUUACUGUGCUGACCGGUCAGCUUGUGGGCAGAGUCAAUCUCAAGUCGACUGGACAGGAUGACCCGAAGUACAGAGCAACGGGAGUCGAAUUCGGCACCCACAGCAAGGACGGCUGGAGAUUCAACGUCACGGCGAACCAGGAUGUUCUCCUUGCUGCUGGAUCGGCUAUCUCCCCUCUCAUUCUGCAAUAUUCGAACAUCGGUCCGGCCAGUAUACUGGCGGAGCCUAAAGUCAACAUCGAACAAAAGAUCGACCUUCCUGUUGGCCUCAAUCUGCAGGAUCAAACCACAACCUCCGUCGUCUCAUCGACCACUCCGGAUGGCAACGGGCAAGGUCAAGCCGCGUACUUUGCAAUUUUCGCCGAGGUAUUCGGAGAACACGCGCAUCAUUUCGAGGCUCUGGUAAACGACAACGACACCCUGCGCAAAUGGGCCGCCGAUACCGUCGCCGGAGGCGGUUUCCACAACCAGUCUGCUCUCUUCCUCCAAUACGUCAACUACCAAAAUUGGCUGCUGGGCAAGAACAACGUCUCCUAUGCGGAACUUUUCAUGGACACCGACAACCGUAUCCACUUUGACCUGUGGAACUUGCUGCCCUUCACGCGCGGCUACGUCAAGAUCCUCGACAACGACCCCUACCUGCGUAGCUUCGAGUAUAACCCCCGCUAUUUCCAAAACGAGCUCGAUCUGUACGGGCAGGCUGCGGCGUCGAAGCUCGCGCGCGAUCUGACCCGCUCCGGGGAUAUGGCAAGCUAUUUCGGCGGAGAGACGUUGCCGGGGGAGCUCUUGUCCGAUGACGCGACCCUGGAAGACUGGGCACUCUACGUGAGGCAGAACUUCCGCGCCAACUAUCACGGCAUUGGGACCUGCAGCAUGAUGAAGAAGGAACUUGGGGGUGUCGUGGAUGAAACUGCCAAGGUUUACGGAGUGGAGAACCUGCGCGUGGUUGAUGGCUCUAUUCCCCCUACCCAGGUGUCCUCGCACGUGAUGACGGUGUUCUAUGGGAUGGCGUCGAAGAUUGCCGAAGAGAUUCUGAAGGCCUAUGAGAAGAAUCAGUAA